AUGGACGUGAGCGGCUGCACAUGUCCCUCUGACUUUCCAUCACCGCCAAGUAAUUUGGUAUGCAAAGGAAACUCGAUGGACUGUCCCAUCACUUGCAACCAAUCACCGCCAUCACCCUUGGUACCGCGAGCACAGCUAUCCCAGUGUGGAUCUGGCUGUGUGAACGCAAAUUUCCGUUGCAACGGGUGCUACAUCUGGUUCUCGAGUCUUUGCCGCUGCCUCCGCGACUUCCAAGCUGGAUCCCAGACGAAUUGCGUAGCCAGUCCGGUCAUCCCCCCAGGCUCGCCGAAGCCUGGUCAGCCUGCUUCGUGGGUUCUUCUGCGCACCGGUGACCUGAUCACUACCACGCAGUUGAUACCGGGUAUCUUGCAAUUGGACACCGCUACCGAUAUCGAUGGCGGGUUCCGGUUGGGCCAGGACACACUGAAAAACAAAGGCAUAAGAAGCACAGGAACACUUGCCAUGAACAGUGUCACUACAAGAUCUGAGGAACAGAUCCAUAUUCAUGUGUGUGACUGGCCGAAUAGUCCGCUUCGUGAUAUCAUUGACGGUCUCGACGUGAACAAGUACCAAACGUCGCAGUCGGUCCCUCUGGGAGCUCUUCAUAAGGCGAACGCUGCUGUGAAUUGUCGGGUGUCGCCUAACACGGGUGUGGAUGUCAAUAUGAGUCGUGAUAUCGUUAACUGGUUGAAACAAUACCAGGGUUCGAAUGAUUGUGCUCAGUAUAAUGUCGGCGCUGGUGUCAUCACCGACAGCAGGGAUUUGUCUUGGUCUUGUAUUGUAACUGGCGAAAGGGCUGCGGAGAAUCUUUUCUGUCCUUGA